AUGAUGCCCUCUCGGAGGGGGCUGGUCGCGCCGCAAAACACCUUCCUAGAAAGCCUUCUCCGCAGGUCUACCGGCCAAUCUAGUCAGCCUGAUACCUGCUUCUGCUUGGCGAACGCGCAGGUCGUUGAUUAUCCAAUCGUCUACUGCAAUGAGGGCUUCAGCAAACUAUCCGGUUACCAGCGAGCCGAGGUCAUGCAGCAGUCAUGUAGCUGCAUAUUCAUGACGGGGGAGCUGACCGAUCCAGAAACUAUGAAGUCAAUAACACAGUGCCUUGACAGUCAACAGCAGGAUCAGUUUGAAAUACUUCUAUACAAGAAAAACAAAACUCCGCUAUGGCUGCUGAUGAUCGUAGCGCCGAUAAAAAACGAAAAGGACAAAGUCGUCCUCUUCCUCUGCACUUUCAAGGACAUCACAGCACUCAAACAACCUAUCAACGAGAAUGACGAGAUAGGUAACCGCUGCAUUCCAACAUUCAGCCUCGGGCCGGAUAUGCUUCCGGUGUACCGGCAGGACUCGCCAAAAACACCUCCUCACAUCAUCCUACAUUAUGCAACAUUCAAGGCCAUAUGGGAUUGGAUCAUACUGUUCCUUACUUUCUACACGGCAAUCAUGGUUCCUUACAACGUAGCCUUCAAAAACAAAACAAUGGACGCAGUCGUCUUGCUCGUGGUUGAUACAAUAGUUGACGUGGUGUUUUUCGUUGACAUUGUGUUAAACUUUCAUACGACGUACGUCGGAGCAAACGGAGAGGUGGUGUCCGAUCCUAAGAUUAUACGAAUGAACUAUUUGAAAAGCUGGUUUGUGAUAGACCUACUGUCGUGUCUGCCAUACGAUGUCUUCAACGCAUUUGAUCACGUCGAUGGGAUAGGAAGUCUCUUCAGUGCCUUAAAGGUCGUGAGACUACUGCGGCUAGGAAGAGUUGCACGAAAGUUAGAUCAUUAUUUUGAGUACGGGGCUGCUAUGCUUAUUCUGUUAAUAUGUCUCUUCCUACUGGUCGGACAUUGGUUAGCCUGCAUCUGGUACACUAUAGGUGUGGCUGAUGCUGAACAGAAUGAGGAGAUGGGCUGGCUGUGGCAGCUGGGGGACACUUCAGGCAGUCCGUACUACUUCAACGUCAGUUCCACACCUGCCACGCUGCAAGGCGGACCGGGUCAAUCGACCAAGUACGCUACCGCUCUCUACUUUACGAUGACAUGCAUGACGAGCGUUGGAUUUGGUAAUGUCGCACCAAACACUGACAAGGAAAAGGUGUUCGCCAUCAUAAUGAUGGUCAUAAGCGCUCUGCUGUACGCGUCCAUCUUCGGUAAUAUGACGACGAUAUUCCAGCAGAUGAUGGCGACGACGGCUCGCUAUCAUGAGAUGCUGAACAAUAUCCGUGAGUUCAUGAAGCUGCACGAGGUUCCUAAGCAACUAGGAGAACGCGUCGUUGACUACGUCGCAUCGUCUUGGGCCAUGACGAAUGGAAUUGAUACUGAAAAGGUGCUCAAUUAUUGUCCCAAAGAUAUGAGGGCUGACAUAUGCGUGCAUCUGAACCGCAAGGUGUUUAACGAGUUACCUGCGUUCCGGCUAGCCAGCGACGGCUGCCUGCGAGCGUUGGCGAUGCAUUUCACUACAAGUCACAGCGCUCCCGGCGACUUGCUCUACCACACUGGCGAGAGUCUCGACGCGCUCUGCUUUGUGACGUCAGGGUCACUCGAGGUCAUCCAGGACGAUGAGGUGACGGCAAUUCUUGGAAAGGGUGAUGUAUUUGGAGAUUACUUCUGGAAGGAACAGUCCCUAGGUCAAGCAUGCGCCAAUGUCAGAGCGCUCACUUACUGCGACCUGCACAUGAUCAAACGCAACGCCCUCCUGGAAGUCUUGGAGUUCUAUCAAUCGUUUGCGAGCUCCUUUGCGAGAAACUUGAUGCUCACAUACAAUCUGAGGAAAAGGCUCGUCUUUCGCCGACUCGUUGACGUCAAGCGAGAAAAAGAAUGGGAGGAAAGGCGAAAAAACGAACCCGGACUCGACGCGAACGAAGACAGCAUUGUACGCAAAAUGUUCUUACGUCUCCGCAAAGUGAGUGACGUCACGCAAUUGAACACUCACACGGGAAACGAAACGCAGCGCGCAUCGAAGCCGGCUGACACGGCCCUGAAGGAUAUGAAUCCAGCUAUAUCACGCCAGUCUUCGAGUGACUUGCUGGCUAUGAUGGAGACGGAGAUAGAAGAUCAGAGCACGGGCGCAGCAGCGACUAAAGAUGAAAACAGCGACGAGCUAUUCUUUUGA